AAAUUAACAACAAGAGGGGGCAUGGAGAAGGAAAAGUUGACACUAAACGUUCAGGUUUUGUCGUGAGGGCUUAAUUUAUUCGCCUUCUCCCUCAGCUCUCGUGUGUGGUCCUGUCGGCCAUUGUUAUUUACAUACUUUUUUGGUCUCGUGCCUUGUUUUAGCUCUGCUCUUUUAUGCACUUAGCUCAGCUAGCCAUCAUGCUAACCAGGAAAUUCGGGGAGCUUCCUCAGCCAAAGCGCCUUACAAGAGAGGCGAUGCGUAAUUACUUGAAGGAGAGAGGAGAUCAGACGGUGUUGAUACUACACGCAAAAGUUGCACAGAAAUCAUAUGGCAAUGAAAAGAGGUUCUUCUGCCCCCCCCCGUGUGUGUACCUGAUGGGUUGUGGCUGGAAGAAGAAGAAGGAGCAGAUGGAGAGAGAGGGCUGCUCAGAGCAGGAGGCACAGCCCUGCGCCUUCAUCGGCAUCGGGAACAGUGAGCAGGAAAUGCAGCAGCUCAACCUGGAGGGCAAGAACUUCUGCACAGCCAAAACCUUGUACAUAUCUGACUCAGACAAGAGGAAGCACUUCAUGCUGUCGGUGAAGAUGUUCUAUGGGAACAGUGCGGAAAUCGGCGUCUUCCUUAGCAAACGCAUUAAAGUCAUCUCCAAGCCUUCCAAGAAGAAACAGUCUUUGAAGAAUGCAGACUUGUGUAUAGCGUCAGGCACUAAAGUGGCUCUGUUUAAUCGGUUACGCUCUCAGACAGUCAGCACUCGAUACCUCCAUGUUGAAGGAGGAAACUUCCACGCCAGCUCUCAGCAGUGGGGGGCCUUUUACAUCCACCUAUUGGACGAUGACGAGUCGGAGGGGGAGGAGUUUACAGUGAGAGACGGAUACAUCCAUUACGGUCAGACCGUUAAACUGGUGUGUUCUGUCACAGGCAUGGCUUUACCGCGGCUGAUAAUCCGUAAGGUAGAUAAGCAGACAGCACUGAUGGAUGCAGAUGAUCCUGUAUCUCAGCUUCACAAAUGUGCGUUUUACCUGAAGGACACAGAGCGCAUGUACCUGUGUCUCUCUCAGGAACGCAUCAUCCAGUUCCAGGCGACUCCGUGCCCCAAAGAGACAAACAAAGAGAUGAUUAAUGACGGCGCAUCGUGGACGAUCAUCAGCACAGAUAAAGCCGAGUACACCUUCUACGAGGGCAUGGGCCCUGUCACACACCCUGUCACACCUGUACCUGUGGUUGAGAGUUUACAGCUGAACGGAGGGGGUGAUGUGGCCAUGCUGGAGCUGACUGGUCAGAAUUUCACCCCAAACCUCAGAGUGUGGUUCGGUGAUGUGGAAGCAGACACCAUGUACAGGUGCGGUGAGAGCGUUCUCUGCGUGGUUCCUGAUAUCUCUGCAUUCCGUGAGGGUUGGCGUUGGGUCCGGCAACCCGUCCAGGUUCCCGUCACUCUGGUGCGCAACGACGGCAUCAUCUAUUCCACGGCACUCACCUUCACCUACACACCCGAGCCAGGGCCACGCCCACACUGCAGCGCCGCAGGGGCCAUCUUGCGCUCAGGCUCCGCCUCCUCACCCUCAUCAUCCUCCUCAUCCUCCUCUUUGUCUUCAUCUUCAUCUUCAUCGAGCCUCAUGCUGCAGUCGAGGCUCGACAGUCAGGCUGGAUUCCCAACAUCUGGCGGCGUCUCUUCCUCGUCCUCUUCCUCCUCGGCCAUGUCCGUGUCCUAACCUGUGUGUGGUGAUGAAAAGCGAAAACGAAAUCCCAAUCUUUCGGAUUCUCCAAUAAAGGACAACGAUGUUGCGGAACGGAUGAAACUCUGAGAGAGGAAAAAAAAAUCAAACUCAAGACCAGCUCUUUUCUCCCAUUUUUUUUUUCUUUCACGGAAAUAAAACCGAAACUAAUCACGGCUUUGCCAAACCGUAAAAACCCACAGGUGAAGAAGAUUCUUCAGAAGGGCUCCGAAGCGUCGACGUGGAAGAAAAAAAAAAAGUUAUCAAAUAGUAAUAUAGUUUUCAAGGACCAAGGAAUAUUAUUAUUAUUUUUUAUUGAUGUAUAAUUUUAUAAGCUUUUAGCUAAGGUACAUUUUUCACCUCUUUUUUUUUUGUUUUCUCGGUUUUAUAACAUUUAGUAACCUUUUGUUACCAAAAUAGUUUUGUAUAUUUCUCAUGAGCGUUUUGUGCUCAGAAGUUUUAAAAACAAACAAAAAGCAAAAAAAAGAAAGAAAGAAGGGUUCUUGCGGUUUUAAUCGCCCGAGCUCUUUGGUCAUAGCUGCCUUUUAAUCCUCUUUGGUGACUGCCUUAAAUUUACUGGACCUGUACCAGCGUUUUUACUCCUUUUUUUUGGUAAUACUGUUUUUACAUCAUGAAUAUUUGCCCUUUUUCCUAAACUGAAGUGUAAUAUUGUGUGUGAGUUUUGGGAGAAGGUGGUUUUACUCAUGUUUUCUUUUUCUUUUUAAAACCACACAAAAGCUUUAACUGACUCCUCCUCCUGCCCGUCGAGUGACCGUAAAAAAAAAAAAAAGCUCACCUUCCCAAUCGUAACAGCUUAAUGCACUUAGACCUCUAGAUCUCCAGAGCACAAAGCUGACCUCAUCACUUCGGAGGCUUUUGCAGGAUCCUGAUCAUCACUGUGAUGCACCAGUCGUGGUGUUAUCAGAGCUGCUUCCACACAGUCUGGAGACUUUACCCCGAGAUCUAGAGCACCAACACGGGGGAGCGUUUGCGUCUAAUCAGUCAGUCGGAAAAUCGGAUUAAAUAAAAAGCUGGAAAUCUGGUUUGUGAGCAGGGACACACGUUAACAUGCAGUUUUCCUGCCCUUCCUCUAGCUAGCAGUCAUGUAGCACGCUAAUCAUGGAGCAGAACCGCUCGAGUCCAGACCUCAGCAGUGCGGCACGGGUUUGAGUCUGGAUUCUGGAUUUGAUUGGAUCGCUCCUUUCAAGUACUCGGAUUAGUCCCAACUGAAAACUGAAGAAAGGUGAAAGCAGCAGAUUCAACAGAUCUGUUCCAGAACUCGGUCAUGUUCAGAAGCUCAGGUCCAGGAUAGAGGAACGUUAACCAGGUGGAGUCGUGUCUCAAAAACUCCUCCAGUCCGGAAGCCGGAACAUGGAGCAGAUCGGGCCAAAAUUCUCAGAAACGCAAGACAGGUCGCAUCCAGAACUCAGAAACGCACCAGGUUCUGGAGCACAGAGAAGCUUGAUCCUGAAAGCAGGAGCAGAGGGAAACUCGGUGUGGAGCGAGCAGAAUCAGAACCUUUCCCCACAGCACCAUCCCUGACGUAGAGUUCUGCAGAAUCGCCUCAAACCCAGUGUUAAUGUGCCUCUACUGCACUCGGGUUUCCUUUUCCUUCGUUCCUGUACUCCUGUUUCUAUUCGUUUGUCUGUAUUCUUUUUAAAGAAAGGGCAUUUUCCUCGUGUUGUUUGUUUUCAGUCCAGUCAGGUUUAAUGAUGUGUAAAAAAAAAAAAAAACUAGAACCCUGUGCUUGAGGAUCUUCAUCACCUUCCAGCUGAACCCAUGUCCAGACUCUGUGCACUUUGUUGAGUUCUCCUGUUCACUUCCUGUAAUGUGUUUUUCCCCCUUUCCUUCAUGACCGAUCUUUUUUUUGUGGCAGCUCAAACAAAACCCUUUGUGCCUAGGAGAACCCCUCCUGAAACCCACCACAAUCACCACUCUCACAUGGGUGUCAAACUCAGAGGUCAACGUUUUUGAAGGUCACCACCUUUUCAGUGUUAUUUUCUCUAGUCGCUUUAUCAGGCUGUGUUCCAGUAACGUGCCCGACAUGCCCCUCGUCCCCGGGCCCCUUCCCCCAGAUGGGCUCUUUUUUUUUCCCCUGAAUCCCUGAGAUCUCCUGAUGUGGCUCCUCCAGUCAUGAUGGGUUUAUGUUAAUGAUGAAGAACCUUAGAAGCAGCUGGACCAAAAGUUCUCAUGAUGAUGUGUAAAAGAUCAGCGAAACAUUUCAGAGUUUUAUUCCUCCAGCUCCUCUUCACGUAGCAGUCUGAUCCUCAGUGUAGCUAAUUCACUCCACAGUGGCGUUUACUGGAACACAGCGAUAGUCUUCCCGUGAUAGUCCCUCAAAGCCUUUCUUUUAUAACGGAAAAACAUGGCGAAGGAUCAAACCGAGUCGAUUAGCAUGUAGUUUUGCGAUCGAAGUCUCUCCAGCCGUGAACGAAUCUCUCGACAGAUCAUUUCAAACAGUGUUAUUAAGCUCCCUGAUUUCUGAACAUCAGCAACCUUUUCUUCCUAUCUAACUUCAAAUCGUCCACAAUGGCAUCAUCAGAUUUUAGGAGGCGGAGCCUAAGUGGCAUCUUGAACUUCAUUGGCAGCCUUCAUAGCGUUCCUGUGAAGUUCAGCUCAUGUAUAUAUACAUGACAGAAAGUCACACUGCUUCCUAAACCAGGCUAAAGAACUGGGUGUGGUCAGAGGCGGAGACUUAUCUCUUAUUCACCUGUUAGCUAGGUUAGCCACGUAGCUCCAUGCCGCUCACAUCUCGUCUGGCUACGUUUAGGUUUUUAUUGUUAUUAUUUUUCUUAUUUAAUAAGAGCAUUCUGUUCACUCGUGCCACUGUACUUGCCUUAACAAUCAAAAAUAAUUGAACCAGUUCUCCUGUGUAACGUUGUUAAUUGUUCAUUGCCAAAACCUUGCUAUUUAGAUCGGAUCUGGCGCGUGUCCGACAUCUCGGCCCGGUCUUAAACGGUCAUUUUUGUAUUUUUUUUUUUUAUUUUUUUAUUUUUUUUUUUUACCUAAGCCAGGAUUCCAGACUGUUUGUGCUGCUUCCCCUCGGGACGUUAUGAGUGCUAGCGCUCUGAAGGGCCAGUGCGUCUCUGCUGGAUCAGCGGAAACCCCGGCUGUGUAGCGUUUCUCACAUCCAGGCCCGGUUCUAUUGCUUUAUCCGCUCGAGUCAAGUUCACUAGAUGACCAUUAGAAGAGGGAUUCGAGUCGAAGUCCUUGGAGCAAUAAAAUACUUAACAAAUGA